AUGUACUGUGAUUGGCCUCUGCUAGGACGAUGCUGUUUCUGCAUGCCUCUGCGAAGGGGUGUGCUAACGUUUGGCUACUUAAACCUUUUAUUCAGUGCAUUCAUGGUCGGCGUGUACAGUUACUCAGUUCAUUCUGAAUAUGGGCUAAUUGCGAUUUACCAUGGAGCCAACUUCGACAUUCCAUCCGAAUUUUGUGUCGCCAUUUAUUGUAUAGAGUUAAUCUUCAACGGGAUUCUUAUUUAUGGAGCUCACAAGAAAAUAGUUCUACAUCUUAAAUUAUACUACUACUUUUCAUUAAUGACGAUCGUCGCUACACUCCUGCUUCAAAUCAUCGACUUCAUUUCUGCCGUAUCGUCCAGAAUGCGGCUGCAUAUGUUCUUCGAAAUCGGACCUCUGAUGUUUGCUUCGACUUGUAUACAAGUCUACCUAAUAAUUCUAGUCAGGAGUCUUAUCAGGAAGAUGGACAUCUCCUCCGCACCCAAUGUAUAUGACAAUCCACUACAGCAGUUUGUUUAUGAUGGCAAAACCGAACCAAACGGAGUGUACGAUACAACAGUAGUGCCCGUAGAUGUGUAA